AUGGGCAGUGCUCGAGCCAUUCUGACCGAUCACAGGAAGCUGAUGUACCCGUGCGCGCGCGUGAACGCGACCUUGGCCAGGCGCUACUCGUCGGCCAACUACUCGGGAAGAGGCGCGGUGACCGUGCAGGCGCCCAGCGGCCGGGUGGUGAUCGUCCCGACUGCAGAGUACGAGGCGCUGCGCAACAACUGCAUCAACGGCACCCUGUCGUCGCAGGAGUACCACUUCCGGAAGGACGUUCUCCAGCUGAGCUCCAGCAUCGACGAGUUUGGCACCAUUCAGAUGACUGUGGCUGUCUGCAUCGCCUGCAGCUGGUUCCUGGUUUUCUUCAGUGUCUACAAGGGGCCCCAUUCAUUGAGCAAGGCGGCGACCGGCAGCGUCUACACGGCAUUCAUGCUGUUGAGUGCGCUGUGCACGGCCUCGCUAGUGCAGGAGGGAUCAUUUCUCGGGCUGCUGGAAUGUUUCAAGCCUGACCUAUGGAAACUCGUCGACAUCAAGACCUGGCACUCGGCGUCGCGCCACCUGUUCUACAGCCUGGGUCUCUCCUACGGAGCGACGACGUGCUUGGCCAGCUACAGCGACUUCCAGGCCAACUUACUCGAACAUGCAGCGAAGGUCUGCCUGCUGGACUUGGCGUAUUGCCUGAUGGGCGCACUGUUCGUGUUCGGCCUCUACGGCAACCUGGCCCACUCGUCCCACAUUGAGAUCGGCGACUUGAUCACACAAGGCAUAAGCUACACUUUCGUCGGCUUCCCGGAGACCACCAGCUCACGCUACCUCCAGCGGCUAUGGUGUUUUCCCUUCUACCUGAUGGUCUUCGUCGUCACAUUCGGAAGCGAGACCUGCCUGGUCGGAGGUUUCCUCGGCAGCCUGAAGGACAACUACCCAGCGCUGCGCAGCCGCCCGACACUGACUGCGGUGCUUGCGUGCGUCGCCGGCUUCGCUCUAGCGGUGCCCUUUACUUUUCAGGUACUGAACUCGCGCAAGCUGCGUUUCGCAGCACCCCGCAUCAGCCAACUGCAACAGCGCGAGUAG